UGUACACAUACAAUCUGAGUUACAUAGGUGCCUUUUUCACCGGCAAUUAAUCGAACAACCGGUGGCGGGAAGACGUAUUUGUGCCCUAAAUUCGCAUCUCUAGACUUUCUCUCUCUACAAUGGCGACUAAGGAAGAAGAAACCCCAAAGAUGGAUGAAUCUAUGGUAGAGAAAGAAGUAGACUACGAGCACGAUUCGAAGGAGACAGUUCUUCAAGCAUGCUUCCUUCAAGAAUGGAAACUGGUGAAGUCUGUCCUUGACGGCAUCGUUUCCAGUGGCCGUGUCUCUGAUCUCUCUUCCGCUUACAAGAUCCGGUCUAUCAUGGACAAGUACCAGGAACAGGGUCAACUACUAGAACCUUACCUGGAGAGCAUAGUUUCUCCUCUGAUGUUCAUUGUCCGCUCUAAAACAAUUGAACUUGGGGUAGCCUCCAAUGAAGUUCUUGAAAUAAUCAAUCCCUUAUGCAUCAUAAUUUAUUCUAUGGUUACAGUUUGUGGAUACAAGGCUGUUAUUAAGUUCUUUCCCCAUCAGGUUUCUGACUUAGAACUUGCAGUAUCUCUCUUGGAGAAAUGCCAUGACACAGUUGCUGUGACAUCACUGCGGCAAGAAAGUACGGGAGAGAUGGAGGCACAGUGUGUGAUGCUUUUGUGGCUUUCCAUCCUUGUGCUGGUUCCUUUUGAUAUCUCCUCUGUGGAUACAAGUAUUGCUAAUAGUAAUUACCUCGGUGGAGAUGAGCCGCCUCCUUUGGUACUGAGAAUAUUAGGAUUCUCUAAGGAUUACCUUUCAAGUGCUGGUCCAAUGCGCACCAUAGCUGGAUUGCUGCUCUCAAGGCUUUUAACACGCCCAGAUAUGUUGAAGGCUUUUAUCAGCUUCUUUGACUGGACACAUGAAGUUCUAUCUUCUGUCGAAGAUGAUGUCAUGGAUCACUUUCGAUUACUUGGUGCCGUGGAAGCAAUGGCUGCCAUUUUCAAGGCUGGCAGCAGAAAAUUGCUACUUGAUAUGGUUACUGUUGUUUGGAAUGAUACAUCAGAUUUGAUCAAGUCCAAUAGGGCAGCUAGGAGUUCCUUACUUCGUAAAUAUUUGGUAAAACUAACUCAGCGGAUUGGGCUUAUUUGCCUCCCUCAUCGUUCACCAUCCUGGCGCUACGUGGGUAGAAACAACACACUUGGACAGAAUAUUUCAGUAAAUGUGUCCUGCGGAAUUGAUCAAUGCAAUAGUGAUACAGGUGUGGACUCCUCCAGUUCAGAACAAAAUUCAAGCUGCCUACAAGAGGAAGAUAUGGAGGUUCCGGAAAUUGUAGAAGAGAUUAUUGAGUUGUUGCUGUCUGGUUUAAGAGAUACGGAUACUGUUGUGCGUUGGUCUGCUGCAAAAGGUAUUGGCCGUAUAACUUCACGUCUAACAUAUGCCCUCUCAGAUGAAGUCCUUUCAUCUGUACUUGAGCUGUUUUCACCUGGUGAGGGAGAUGGUUCAUGGCAUGGAGGUUGCUUAGCAUUAGCUGAACUGGCACGUCGAGGAUUGCUCUUACCUGUCAGUCUUCCCAAAGUUGUACCUGUUGUUGUAAAGGCGCUACAUUAUGAUGUUCGUAGAGGUCCUCACAGCGUUGGGUCUCAUGUCCGGGAUGCUGCUGCUUAUGUUUGUUGGGCAUUUGGUCGUGCAUAUUCUCACACAGAUAUGAAAAGCAUACUGGAACAGCUUGCUCCACAUCUUUUAACAGUAGCCUGCUAUGACCGUGAGGUUAACUGUAGAAGAGCCGCCGCAGCUGCUUUCCAAGAGAAUGUUGGGAGACAAGGGAAUUAUCUUCAUGGCAUUGACAUAGUGAAUGCAGCUGAUUACUUUUCUCUAUCCUCGCGUGUAAACUCUUAUCUUCAUGUUGCUGUCUACAUUGCUCAAUAUGAUGGAUAUCUUUACCCAUUUGUGGAUGAACUGCUAUAUAACAAGAUCUGUCACUGGGAUAAAGGCUUGAGAGAACUUGCUUGCAACGCACUUUCCGCUCUUGUAAAGUAUGAUCCUGAAUAUUUUGCCAAUUCUGUUCUGGAGAGAUUAGUUCCUUGCACUCUCUCAUCAGAUUUGUGCAUGCGUCAUGGUGCAACAUUAGCAACUGGGGAACUUGUUUUCGCUCUAUAUCAGUGUGAUUGUGCUCUUUCCACUGAUAAGCAGAAAAAUGUUGCUGGUAUAGUUCCUGCAAUUGAGAAAGCACGGUUGUAUCGUGGGAAGGGUGGAGAGAUAAUGCGUUCGGCUGUAUCCCGCUUCAUUGAAUGUAUCUCUUUUGGUCAUGUAUGUUUGCCAGAAAAGAUAAAAAGGAGUUUGCUGGACACCCUCAAUGAAAAUCUUAAACAUCCUAAUUCUAAUAUACAGAAUGCUGCAGUUAAAGCCUUGAAGCAAUUUGUUUCAGCAUACCUUGUUUCCACCAAUGAUAAAGGUGCUAAGGAUAUCACGUCAAAGUACCUGGAACAGUUGACUGAUUCAAAUGUGGCAGCAAGAAGAGGAUCAGCAGUGGCAUUAGGUGUUUUGCCCUUUGAAUUUCUGGCCAAAAGAUGGAAAGAUGUUCUACUAAAGCUUUGUAGUUCUUGUGAAAUUGAGGAUAACCCUGCGGAUAGGGAUGCUGAAGCACGGGUAAAUGCUGUUAAUGGACUUGUAUCAGUGUGUGAAACAUUAACUGAGACAAGAGAAUCUUCUGAUUAUCAUUCUGAGGAGGACUUGUCUCUGUUUCUUUUGAUCAAGAAUGAAGUAAUGCAGAGUUUAUUUAAAGCUCUAGAUGAUUACUCUGUCGAUAACAGAGGUGAUGUAGGUUCCUGGGUUCGUGAGGCUGCUAUGUAUGGCCUUGAGAGAUGUACAUAUAUCCUCUGCAAGAGAGAUUCCAUGGGCUUUCUGGGUAAACCACACGGAGUCGAAUCUGUUUCAGAGCAGCAUAAGAGUGGCAUGGUUGAUACCAACCAGAGGCAUUCAUGUUUUGAUGAUAAUCUUGCAACCAGAUUAGUUGGAGGCAUUGCUAAGCAAGCAGUAGAAAAAAUGGAUAAAAUAAGAGAAGUUGCUGCAAAUGUUCUUCAAAGGAUUUUGUACAACAAAACAACCUUUGUACCCUUCAUACCUUAUAGGGAAAAACUAGAAGAAAUUGUUUCCAAUGAAGCAGAUUUAAAGUGGGGGGUUCCCAGUUUCUUGUAUCCUCGUUUUGUUCAGUUGCUUCAGCUUAGUUGUUACAGCAAGUCGGUAGUGUCUGGAUUAGUUAUUUCUAUUGGUGGAUUACAAGACUUUUUAAGAAAGGCAUCACUCAGUGCACUGUUGAAGUAUCUUCAAGAGAGUGAAAUGGAAGCUUACAAUGAAAGAAACUCCAGGGAGUUCAUUUUAUGCACUGACAUCCUCUGGGUUCUCCAACAGUACAAAAGAUGUGAUAGAGUCAUUAUACCCACUUUGAAGACCAUUGAGAUUCUCUUCAGCAAAAAGGUCUUCUUGAAUAUGGAGGCCCAGACUACAGUCUUUUGCGCUGGUGUUCUGGAUUCUCUUACUGUUGAGUUGAAGGCAUCAAAGGAUUUUUCCAAGUUAUAUGCAGGAAUCGCGAUUCUUGGUUAUAUUGCUUCAAUUUCAGAGCCCAUCAACAUCCAGGCCUUCUCUCAUCUUCUGACUUUCCUUGGCCAUCGAUACCCCAAGAUAAGAAAGGCUUCUGCUGAACAAGUAUACCUGGUCCUCCUGCAAAAUGACAAUCUUGUGGCAGAGAAUAAAGUAGAGAAAGCACUUGAAAUUAUUUCUGAAACUUGCUGGGAAGAUGACGUGGAAGAAGCAAAGCAACGAAGAUUACAGUUGUUUGAUGUGGCUGGUUUAGAAACUGGGCAACUUCUCAGAAAUAGCAAUGGAAAAUCAAACAAGGAUUCUGAGAAGCCAAUCGCCACAGAUGAAAAUGCAUUAUAUUCUUCACUAGUCGGGUCAUCUGGGUUCUGACUAAUCAUUUUUGUUGUACAUUAUAACGCGUUAAUUUUCUUUCCCUCUGAUCUCCGAGAAGAAAUGGGGAGGGAAUGGAAAUUUGGAGACCUAAUUUGGUUGAAGAUAAAGUUAUGAUUGUCCCACUUAUGGACUGAGCCCGGGUGAUCUAUAUCGAUGACCAGCAUGGAGCUUGGGAGAAAAAAAAAACUUUUUUUUUUUUUUGUUUGGUUCUGGGUGAAAGAGACCAAGUGGAGUAAAUGCAUGCUGAAGAAUGAGCAGCAGAUGAGUUGUGCAAACUUUUUUUUUUUUUUGUUUGGUUCUGGGUGAAAGAGACCAAGUGGAGUAAAUGCAUGCUGAAGAAUGAGCAGCAGAUGAGUUGUGCUAAGGGCUAAAAAUGUUUGUAUUAUUUUGUAUACUAUUACCAUGUGUAAACUUGAUUUGGUUAUUUAACGAUGUGAUUUGGACAUGGCUUAAAAUGUGAUUGAAUGAGA